AUGAACGGCUCAACUGAAAAUGAGGCUGGACCAAGUCGAUCACAUAGUCAUCUACCCCAACGUCGACCUAGUGAUUCACAUGCUCAACAAAGCAGCCAGGAUCCAUCUUCCUUUAGUAGACGACAAUCUUCCUCUACGCGUGCAGAUGCAACUGAAUCAAGUAAUCUAGAACGAUCAACCAUUCCCACAACAUCGGCAUUUUCUCCUGCUUCAUCUUCUACCAAGAAAUCAAAAUCGAAAACAAAAACAGAGACAAAAACGGAAGAAGGGUCAGAAUUAGAUUACCAAACUCCACAUUUAGACAUAGCCACUUAUCCUACUCAACAUCUAUUACGUCUCUUAGCUGAAUUAUUACAACAUAUAGCUACGUCAAAUGAUUCGUUAAGACAUGAUCAUGAUACGGAUAUAGGUGAAGAUGGUGAAACGCCUUUACAAGAAGAUGAAAGUGGAGAUACAUCUCAUGUUUCCCAUUCAGGAUCACAUUCGGGAUCAAGAUCAAGAUCUCAUUCACGUACAUCAUCGUUACAUCAAUCAUCAUUAUCAUCUCAACCAUCUUCAUCACCCACAACAGCGUUAUUCGAUCAACCAAAAUCGCACAAUCAACAAACCUCUUCUCAACUUUCUAAAGAUGACAUACCUUCUUCUUCGACAAUAUCUACCUCAACAUCAGUAUCAGAUUCAAAUGAAUUUCCUUUAUUUACAGCAUCAAAAUUAUCGUUGUCACAUCCUUCAUCAUUAUUAGCAUUUCACGCAAGGCAUAUACCAUCAAUAUCAAUCGAAGCAUAUCUCUUACGUAUCUUGAAAUACUGUCCGACUACAAACGAAGUCUUCUUGGGUUUGUUAGUUUAUUUCGAUAGGAUGACAAGACUAGGUACUCCACAAGGUGUAGGUGGUGUGAAUGCUAUCAUAGCAGGUGUAUCAGGUGGUAAUGAUAAAAGUAACGGUGGAAAAGGGAAAAGUUUCGCAAUAGAUAGUUACAACGUACAUCGUUUGGUCAUAGCUGGAGUGACUGUAGCCAGUAAAUUCUUCUCGGAUGUUUUUUACACCAAUUCGAGAUAUGCAAAAGUGGGCGGACUACCUCCAACCGAAUUGAAUUCAUUAGAACUCCAAUUUUUGCUGUUAAAUGAUUUUCGUCUAAGGAUAUCUUUGGAAGAAAUGCAAAAAUACGGUGACAGGUUAUUAGCGUAUGCAGCUGAAGAAGAAGAAAAACAUCGUUUAGAAGCAGAGAUCGAAAGACAGAGAAUGGAGAAAAGUAGCAUACAUAAUGAUUUAUCUGAAGAACAAGCUUAUACAACUUCAACUUCUACUUCAACUUCCGAAUAUUCUCCUUCAGAUCCAACAAAUUCACAAUCGAAUUCUACAGGUCAGAUUAACAAUGACGAUCCUAACCAUGAAAUACAUCAAGAUCAAAUAAAUUCAUCUGAAAACGCAGCUAUCACUCAUUCGGAAAAGUCGACACCAAUACCUACUGCGUCAAAAUCACACGAUACGUCUCAGGUUGAAUCAACGACAGAUCAUCCUGUUUCAAAUCCGACUUCGAUACCACCUACAAAAGCCAAAGAAGGAGGGAAAUCAGGUACGACAGAAGCUCCUGUCAGUGGUGGAAUCAGAGAUUGGGUCAGAGGUGAAGAAGUGAUGGGAAGAAUGGCUAGUCCGAUGAGAGAUUAA